CUCUUACGCGUGAUCACUUCCGGUAUAAACAGAAAGAACGAGAAUAAAUAGCGAACGAUCACAGCUUUUUUAUAGAACGACAAUGGGCAUCAGUGACAUGUUCCACGACUUUUUCUUUGGUCCAGCAAAACCACCAGUACCAAACGAAGAUUCAAAUCCUUUCUUCUUCAGAGAGAGACAUCAGACACCUAACAUUCAGGAUGAGGAAGAUUUAAAUGUCAUUUUCUCAGAGAGUUUUGGUGACAUGCAGAAACACAUGGAAAUGAUGCAGAGAGAAAUGGAGGCAAUAUUUCGUGGUUUUGGGGGCAUGCAUAUCCCAUUUAAUGGUAUUCCUGGAGGGGUUCCUGAGAGUGAUAAUGCAAGGGGAGGUAACCCACGGGACUUCAUGCUUAAAGAACCAGAAUCUUCACCUGACAACCAAAUAACUCCGAUGCCACCAAGACAUGGAGGGUUUCAUCACUUUUUUGAUGAUUUUUUCCACAAGUUUGGUCCCCAAGAACCAGUCAUCAAAGAAGAUAAAGAUUUAGAUAAAGAAGGAGACAAUAUUGACCUUUCACAAGUUUUCACAAACCCUAGAGCUGGGUUGGUUCCCUCAACCCCCCCGAGAGGAGGAUUCUUUAGCAGGGGGAGCAGUGUUUCGGUCACCACAAUUAGAGGAGCUGAUGGGAAAAUAGAACAAAAAAAGACAGUCAGAGACUCCUCGGGUAGAGAGGAAACCACAGUGACAAGGACCAUGGGGGACAAGUCCCACACAGUGACCACUAGAGUGGACCAAUCAGGAAUCCCAGAAACUGUCGAAACAUUCACCAAUAUUGAUGAAGACAAAAAGAAAGAUUUUGACAGUAACUGGAAACACUCACCCAAACAGCCAACGUUACUACCAGAGAGCCCGCCAUUUACAACACAACAGAUAGAUGGAAGUUCCCUGCUAGACAGAUUCUUUAACUUUAGACUAUUUGGACCAAAAGAUGAUAAUUAAAGUACACAGUGUGCAUUCUAGAGGAGAUAUCUGAGCACACUUCAGAUUUUUAAUUUUAUUUGUGAUUGACUGUUGUUGAAUAUCCAUUGUCUUUCAAAAUACAUGGUGAUAGAGGAGGAAAUAAUUUGGAACCUUUCAACUUAUACAUGUUUCAGUAUAAUCUCAUUCCUUCUUCAACAUCAAAGGUUGGGAAAGCCAAAGAUCAUAUUUAUUUUUACAUCAAGAAAGAGGAAUUUUUUUUAUCAAGUUUGUUAUUGUAUUAUCAACACAAUGACUUAAAUGUGUAUUUUAUUUCAUGUUUAUGAAAUUCUUUGUCUUAAACACAGUAAAGUUUUGUUAUCUUGUUCUGAAUAUACACGAUUUUCAAACAUACUUUACUGCAAACAAUUAUAUUCUUGCUGUAUAAAACUGUCAAUACAUGGUUAUCUUUUCACACCCUGAUUUCCACCUACACGUAGUUGGAUACUGUUAAUUUUGGAACGUCCAGUUAAAGAGAUAAUUCUUGAUUAAAUUUAAUUAAUAUCAUAUCUUAACUAUCUGAAUUUUUAAUGCAUUAAUGAAUGUUUGUGUUGUUUGCCAUACAGAGAACAAUAAAGCAUGCCGUUUUCAUCAUA